AAGAAGAAGAAGACUUCCUACUGCAAAGCAUUUUGGUACACUUCCAAAUCAUUCUGCUAUGUUGUAGCUAGUUAGCGAGUAAUUUAGCUAGGUUUUAGAGCCACAAGCAGUUAUUUUGUGUCCUUUCUUAAAAUUAUAUCGAUAGUGCUACACUUCUAUAUGUACAAAACUCAUUGACGGGCUGAAAUUCAACAAACAUCGGUAUGGCGGAGGGUGCCGGUAACGCAUUGAAUCUUCCCUCCGGAGAUCCGCAGCUCAUCGGGCUCAUCGUCGAACAUCUCAAGAACCGAGGCCUGUUCGACGAGUUCCGCAGAGACUGCCUGGCAGAUGUGGAUACAAAGCCUGCCUACCAGAAUCUGCGACAGAAAGUUGACAACUUCGUCUCCACUCAUUUGAACACUCAAGACUGGAACCCAUCAAUCAACAAAAAUCAAGUGCGAAAUGUGCUAAGACAAAGCGUCGUGCAGUCAGGCAUGCUGGAGUCCGGAGUGGACAGAAUCAUCACCCAGGUGGUGGAUCCCAAGCUGAAUCACACUUUCAGGCCCCACAUUGAGGAUGCCAUUCACGACUUCCUGUCUGCUGAGAAGAAGGAGGAUGAUCCAUCCAACACUCCAUCAGAGACAGAACAGCAAGAGGCUCCAAGCCACACUGGACCCAAAACACCAUGAGGUGCAGAGAAACGUCUUCUGCGAAAGGUAGACUUUUCUAGAGCUCCAUCAGGCUGGACAAGGAACUCCAACUUCAAAAACUACUGUGGAGGAAUCAUGGCGCAAGGGCUUUGUAAGAGGUUUUCGCAACUCUUAGUCGUUCUUCAUGUGGAGAAACCAAGCCAUGGAUUUGAGCUGUCAAUGCUGGACAUGCGUACCAAGUCACAGGAGGAAUCGUGCAAAUGACACUUUGUGUAGCUAGCACAAUGGGUUAAAUAUGCCAUCUAUUACUUCCAGAUAAAAUUGUACAAAUUGCUCUGAUUUAAAUUACAUUUGUGGUUAUUGAAUUAAAAAUAGAAUGGUCACUUAUUUCUUAAAAGCCAGAAGUAGCCAUUGUUCGUAAUGUUUGCUAACUAUUUUUUUUCCCUCAGUGUUUUGCCACUUUUUUUGUGAAUUUUGUAAAUAAAUGUUUUCAACAAAUUCAUUAUUUGGUAGAAAUGUUUACACUGCCCUGUCAUUUUUAAACUGGGUCAAUAGAAAAUGUGCUGUACUGGCCAUGUUAAGAGUUCAUUGCUGAGUUAGCCUAGAUUAAAUGAUCCAUACCUCUGCUA